AUGUCCCAUCACCAGUCCCCGCUUAGCCACUCGGCGUGGCUGCUGGGAAACCAGCUUCCCAAUCUCCAGGCCACCAGAGACGCCGCCCCGGCCAACAUCUUCGUCGCCGUCAACAUGGACACGAGAUUCGUCGCGCAAGACGGCGGCGACGAGCCUUACAGGACGGCCGUCUCCGAGAUUGGUCUCACCUUCCUCGGCCCGCUCUCCGAUCAGCACCACCAUCAUCUCGCCAGCAGCACGCCCCGGAGCCUCGCCGCGGCCGCCCGGCACUUCCCCAUCUUCUCGCACUGCAUCCGCGCCAGUGACUCGCAGCCGCUGAGCAGCACGGAGCCGUUCCACCCCGACCGGGGCGUCGUCAGCGUCGUGGAGCGCGAGGCGAUGGAGACGAAGAUGCUGGAGAUCUUCUGCGAGGCGCGGCGCAGGCUGGCCCGCGCGCCGGGCGAGCCGCUGACCUUUGCGCUGGUCGAGUUCGACACCGGGGCGGGGCCGAGCUUGCUGGACGGGGAGUUUGAGCGCGCCAUCCGGCACUUUGACUCGUGGGUGGACGCGCGGGACCUGGUCGCGGAGGUGAUGCCGGCGGGAGACGUGGCGUGCGGCCUGGUCGGGCUGGGGUACGCGAGCCAGCGGCCGGACCACGAGCAGUGCGCGGGAAACCUGGCCAUGGGAAUCAUCGCGCUCCUCGCCUCGCUCCUGCACUGCUGCCCGCCGCCCCGGACUGGCCUGGACGGCAGCCACGGGACUGGGUACGAGCUAGGGGGCACCGAGGCGUUCUCCUUGAUUCCCCAGAACGUCCCGUUUCCGGGGAGGCUGUACACGUUCGACGCAACGUUGAACGUGCCAAGGACGGUCGUCUGGAGGGAGGGGCACCCGGCGGCACUGUACCACCACUUUCGAUGA